AUGUCGACCUCUUCGGGCGUCCCCGAGUCCUGGAUAUCCAGUUUCUGCUCUCUUCUCGGCCAUGAAUACUUUGCCGAAGUCUCGGAGGAGUUCAUCGAGGAUGACUUCAACCUGACUGGUCUGCAGUCCCAGGUUGCCAUGUACAAGGAAGCAUUGGAGAUGAUCCUGGAUGUGGAACCAGAGGACGACGAGGAAGAGGAAGAGGAGGAAGAGGAAGAGGACGAGAACGAGUCAGACCCAGAACGCUUGACUAGAGCAGCCAGCGAGCGGAGGCAUCACCGCAUGGCCAGCGACUUGUCCGUCAUCGAAUCCUCUGCCGAGAUGCUGUACGGCCUCAUCCACCAACGCUUUAUCUGCUCCAGGGCCGGCAUCCAGCAGAUGAGUGAAAAGUACGAACUAGGCCAUUUUGGCUGCUGCCCCAGGACAAACUGUGACCAAGCUCGCACUCUGCCUGUCGGCCUCUCCGAUAUCCCCGGCGAGGACACGGUCAAGCUCUUCUGCCCUUCAUGUUUAGACGUUUACGUCCCACCCAACAGCCGUUUCCAAACUGUUGACGGCGCCUUCUUUGGUCGUACUUUCGGCUCUCUCUUUCUCCUUACUUUCCCAGAAUAUGACCUUACUAAGCGCGGUAUCGAAGUGCUGUCAUCCACCAGCUCUCGUGUUAACGAAGGCGAUGGUCUCAUCAACGGCAUGUACGCAAAGAAUAUUGGCCCCGGUCUAGGUCGUGAGCGUAUAUACGAGCCUCGCAUUUAUGGUUUCCGCGUUUCUGAGAGAGCCCGCUCUGGCCCCAGGAUGCAGUGGCUGCGUGAACGCCCCUCAGAUAUUAACGAGCUCGACGAAGCCCGUCUCUAUGCAGAACAGAACCCUGACUCGGAGGAUGACGACGAGAACAGCGGUCAAGCUGGUGUGAAUGGCAGAGUUAUGGUUCGUCGACGCCCUCCUGGAAACGCUCGCCUUCGCCAGAGGCAGAACAACAAUGGUAGCCCCAUGGCUCUGUCCACUAAUGGAGCUGAAUCCGAGUUGUAG